AUGUCACAGAACAUCAGAGAUAAUCAAGAACUCAGUACGACAAAUUCAGUUCCAACCGCUUAUUCAAAUCCUAAAGAAAAGGUUUUAGAUGGUGAUUAUGUUCAAGAUAAACCAAAUUCAAAAUAUCCAAAUCCAUUCUUAAAUCCAAACCACGGUGAAUUUUGGUUACAUAAAUACUCAUCCUCAAAUUACGAAAAUACAACUUAUUAUAAUCCAAACUUGAAAUGGACCGCUAAGGAAGAACGAAAAUUAUUAAACAAAUUAAAUUUAUCAAUAAUGGUUGUUCUUUCAUUCAUGUGGUUAGGAUUUUUCAUCAACAAAACAAAUUUCAAAGAUGCAGUAAGAGCUCGUAUGCCAUAUGAUAUUGAUAUGGGUGUUUAUGUUUAUAAGGGUAGAUUCUAUUAUGGAGAAUCAUUAUCUGUAACUUCAGAUACAAUAGUUGUGGAAUUUAUUGAAAGAGCUACACAAAUCAUUUUCGCAAUUCCUUCUGUAUUAGUUGCAAAGAAAAUUGGUCCUGAUAUUUGGUUACCUAUUUUAUUAUGUGUUUAUUGUGCUUUGGGAUGUUGGCAAGCAGUUUUCAAUAAACCCUCAGUUGCAAUGGGUAUCAAAGGUGCUAUGGGUGCCGUAGGUGCUGGAUUUAUACCAUCAACGGUUUUAUACCUAUCAUAUUUCUUUACAGCAGACCAAUUAGCAAUGAGAUUAGCAUGUUUAUGGAUUUUCCGAACUUUAGCAGAGAUAAUUACAGGUUAUUUGAUAUAUGCCUGUAUUAGAAUUGAAUAUGCACCAAAAUAUGUGAUGUAUGGUUGGAGAUUUGCAUUUAUGAUUGAAGGUGUUGUUACAUUUGUUGGUGCUUUGAUAUGUUCCUUUUUUUUACCAAGAUGUUUAUCUAAGAAGCAAAAGUGGCAACCUAAAAUAUUAACUGAACGUGAAAAGGAAAUUCAAAUUAAUAGUAUCUUAAGAGAUGAUCCAUCAAAAGGUGUUUUAAACAAUACAAGUCUUGGUGGGGCUAAAGAAGUUGUCAAAUCAUUGUUUGAUUUUGAUCUUUAUCCAUUAUAUGCUAUUGGUCUUGUUGCAUUCAUUCCUUAUAGUUGUUAUGAAACUUAUCUUGUCUUUGCUAUUAAUCGUUUAUACAUAAGUGAAGUACCAAUUGCACAAUACUCAUUAAGAACAGUUUGGAGAGUUCUUUUAAUGAUCUUGAUCACACCAAUAACCAAAAUCUCAAAUGUUUUUAAUGAACGUUCAUUAAUUUGUCUUGUUUUCUUUGGAAUUUGGCAAAUCCCAUUAACUGCAGUGAUGACAUGGUGGGAUAAUACAAUGAGUGAUAAUUGGGGUUCAUACGUUGUUGUUAUAUUAGCUUUAGGUGCACCACAUAUAAUUGCUAUAUUACAAAGUUGGAUUUCAAGAAAUUCAGGUUCAAAUACUAAGAGAGCAAUAUCUGCAGCUUUAUUUAUGAUGUUUGUUGAUGCUGGUUAUAUGAUUUCUAAAAUUGUUUAUAAAGUUGGUCAAUUACCUGAUCUUAGAGGUGGUUCGUUUUAUAAUUUCAUUAUUAUUUUGAUCUUGUGUGUUUUAUUAGUGGCUACAAAGGGUUAUUAUAUUAUUAGAAAUAAAAUGAAGUUAAAGAAAUGGGAACGUUUAAGUGAAGUUGAUCAAGAUGAUUAUUUGGCAAAUAAUGGUUGGUUAGGUAACAGAACUUCAUUCUUCCAAUUCUCACAUUAA